CCAGUUAGACAGAGCGAACUGAUUAAGCUUACCCUUCCUCUUCCAGUGCCUCCCUCCCCGCCCGUCUUCCUUUCUCAGUUCAGCAGAGCUGUAAUAGAGCAUCGUUACCACGUCGUUUCCCGCCCGGCAGAAUGAAUUUGGAGUCGUUCGUUGAAGUCCAGCCGCACUCUCACUUCCCGAUCCAGAAUCUUCCAUAUGGCGUCUUCAAGCCCGAAUCAGGUUCGGAGGCCAGACCGGGCGUGGCCAUCGGCGACUACGUCUUGGAUCUCUCCGUCAUUGCUUCAGCAGGCCUCUUUGAUGGUCCGCUUCUCAACGAUACCGAUUGCUUCAAUCAGACAAAUCUUAACAAGUUCCUAGGUAUGGGACGGCCUGCAUGGAAGGAAGCUCGUGCUGCAAUUCAGAAGCUACUGUCAGCUACACAACCAACAUUACGUGACAACGAAGGUUUGAAGAGGAAGGCACUUCUGCCUAUGGACAAGGUAGAAAUGCUUCUUCCUAUUGCAAUAGGGGACUAUACAGAUUUCUUUGCAUCUUUGCACCAUGCCAAGAACUGUGGGACCAUAUUUCGUGGACCAGAAAACCCAAUUCCGCCCAACUGGUUCCAUCUUCCUAUUGCAUAUCAUGGGCGGGCAUCAUCUGUUGUGAUUUCUGGCACAGAUAUUGUUAGACCGAGAGGUCAAGGUCAUCCAUCUGGCAAUUCUCCACCAUAUUUUGGACCUUCAAGGAAGAUGGACUUUGAGCUAGAAAUGGCUGCUGUAGUUGGGCCUGGAAAUGAAUUGGGAAACCCUAUAGAUGUUAACAAGGCUAAAAAUCAUAUCUUUGGGCUUGUUUUGAUGAAUGACUGGAGUGCUAGAGAUAUCCAGGCAUGGGAAUAUGUGCCUCUUGGGCCAUUCCUUGGAAAGAGUUUUGGAACAACAGUCUCCCCUUGGAUUGUGACCUUAGAUGCUCUUGAACCUUUUGCUUGUGAUGUCCCCAAACAGAGCCCACAUCCAUUGCCAUAUCUUGCUGAAAAGUUUUCCACGAACUAUGACAUUUCUUUGGAGGUUCGGAUUAAACCCACUGGAGAAGAACACACUUAUGUUGUCACAAAGAGUAACUUCAAACACUUAUAUUGGACUUUGAGUCAACAACUGGCACAUCAUACUGUCAACGGUUGCAACUUGAGGCCUGGUGAUAUUUUUGGAACUGGGACAAUAAGUGGACCUGAACCGGAAUCCUAUGGAUGCUUGCUGGAGUUAACUUGGAAUGGAACAAAACCACUGUCCUUAGGGGGAGCCACUCAUACAUUUCUAGAAGACGGCGAUGAAGUCAUUUUUACCGGUUGCUGCAAGGGGAGCGGAUACAAUGUGGGGUUCGGGACAUGCUCUGGCAAGAUUCUUCCUUCACCAAAGUAGCUGAGAAAAUGUCGUUUUUACCUCGGCAGGCUCUUGUUCAUCUUGGCCUCAACUGUUGUAUGUUUCAGAUAAUCAAAGAUGAUGCUGUAGAAAGUAGGAAGUGAGUAAACUGUCAUCUUCUUGUUAUUUGUAUCAAUCAGUUAAUCAGCUUCAGCUGUACUGCACCUCCUCAUUUGAAUAAGGACGUCUUUCAACUGAUCUAUUUUGGCAUUUCCAAAAAAAUCUUAUCUGUCUCCCGUACUAGAAAUAGAGGGUAAAAAGUUUCUUGCUUUUCAAGGGUAGGGGAUGGGGAUGGUCGUUUAUUAUUCAAGCUCCAUUCUUGCUUCGCAAAGAAGUUGUUGGCAAUUUAAAUUUGUGGCCUUUCAAUUCCAUACAAUUAUCAUAAUUAUUGUAAUUCUAAUCUCAUUUAGACUGAUAACGUAGUUAGAAAAACAAUUGUUCUUGUAAAAUGAUAUC